AUGGCAAACAAUGAAGGCUUCUCAGGUGGCGAUUUCAAUAUAAUUCUCCACCCGAAUGGAAGCUCAGAUUACGACAUCCUAGGCCCUAUUCUUUCUUCAGACCUGAAAGAUUUCCAGGAUGCUCUUUUGAACCUGGAACUCUAUGAUCACCCUUUCUUCGGUCCUUUACUAACUUGGAGUAACAAGCAGAAAAACUCUUUCCUCGCAAGGAAGCUUGAUCGAGUAUUAAUAAAUUCCAAAUGGGCUAUCUCUUUUCAGGAUUCCCACGUUGAGUUUCUAGCCCCAGGAAUUUUUGAUCACUGUUUUACAAAAGUAUGGCUCAAAAAAGAAGUAGAAGCUAACAGACCAAAGCUGUUUAAGUUUUUUAAUUACUGGACACAACACCCUAACUUCUUGGAAGUGAUGAACCAAACCUGGCAAAUUCCUACCUAUGGUAACCCGAUGCAUUCUCUUUUCAAUAAAUUAAGGAGGGUGAAAGAAUGCCUCAAGGCUCUUAACCAAGCUUCUUACAGUGACCUUUCAGCCAUAGUUAAACAAAAAAGAAUCGAUCUUGAACUGCAACAAUUAACAACUCUUCUAGGCGAUGGCAUUGACAAAGAAAUUCUCCUCCAGAAUGAGCUGAAAACUCUUGAGGAAGCAGAAGCUCUUUUUUUCAGAGACACAAUACACAUUCUCAUUGACGAACAAGGCAAUAGACUGGAAACUUAUGAUCAGAUUUCAACAGAGAUCAUCGAUUACUUCUCUAAUCUUCUUGGAAAAGUUGAUCCUACAGUAAAGGAAACUGAUCCAACUCUGUUGAAGAACCUUUUUCACUUCAAUUUUCCUGUUGAUAAAGCUGAUGGACUUGUUAAGGAAGUCACUAAAGAAGAAAUUAAAGAGGCAUUCUUCAGCCAAGGCAACGAGAAAUCUCCAGGUCCUGAUGGUUUUUCCCCAUUCUUUUUUAAAAAGACCUGGCCUAUUAUUGAAAGAGACAUCAAUGCUGAUAUCCACCAAUUCUUUAGAGAUUCAUUUCUUCUUCUUGCCUUCAAUGCUACUGUCAUUGCAUUAAUUCCAAAUAUUCCUAACCCAAGUAAGGUAUGCCUUGGGGAACUAUCGAGAGUAUUAAGCAGUCUACUGGUUUUAAACAUAGCUCUUUGCCAGUGA